AUGGGUCUCAAGGCUGUCAGUACUCCUAUCCUAGCCAGUGAAACUGCGGUCGGUUUCUGGCGUGGGACCUCCAUUCUCGCAUGGCAGCUGUGGGUAGCCGCGGGCCUGAUGGUCGGCUUCGCCUUCAACCUCAUAUUCGACACGGCGAGCAACAAGCGGCUGACCUUCCAACUCAUGGUGGGCGCGCCCAUGGUUCCCGCUCUCGCGCUGCUCGUCCUGGUCAUUUGUUUCUGCGAAGAGAGCCCGCGGUACCUGAUGCGCGUGUCGAGUCCGCGGUACGAUCCACAGCGGGCCUACGAGAUCCUCAAGAAGCUGAGGAACACCGAGCUGCAGGCUCUCCGGGACAUCUACCUCGUGCACAAGUCCAUCGAGCAGGAAGAAGUGCCGGGCGGGGUCGCGAACCUCAAGUACAUACCGGGGUUUGUAUCGACCGUUGUAGGAUUCCUGCGACAAUGGAGGCAGCUGUUUCUUGAGAGGCGGUUGAGGAACGCGUUGAUUAGUAGCUCGACUGUGGCGCUUGCCCAGCAAUUGUGUGGAAUCAAUGUGCUGGCCUUCUACUCGGGAACGCUCUUCAGCCGCGCCGGUGCGGAGAAGCGAGAUGCCAUGUUCUUCAGUUUAGGCUAUGGAGCCGUCAACUUCAUCUUUGGUCUACCCGCCAUCCGAACGAUCGAUACGUUGGGCAGACGGAAAUGGCUGAUUUUGACUCUACCCGUAAUGGCACUCUUCAUGCUCCUCGCGGGCGUCUCCUUCAAUAUCCACAAUCUGGGUGCCAAGGUCCCGGUGGUGGCGCUGUUCAUCCUCCUGUUCGCGGCCGCGUACUCGCCCGGUCUGGGACCCAUCCCGUUCACCUACGCGUCAGAGAGCUUCCCACUAUCGCAUCGUGAAGCCGGGGCCGCAGUCGCCAUCGCAGUGAACCUGGGCUUCGCCGGUCUGCUCUCCGUCUUCUUCCCGCGUAUCAAUUCCGGGCUGGGAGACGGCGGCUCGCUGUACCUCUUUGCGGGGCUGAAUGUACUUGCCCUGAUCAUGGUUUUCCUGCUACUAGAGGAGACCAAGAGGCGCAGCCUGGAAGACCUGGACCUUGUGUUUGCUGUGUCGAAGCGGCAGUUCGUCAAGCACCAGGUUGUCGAAUACUUGCCGUGGUUCUUUAGGCGUUAUGUCCUGCGGAAGCACGAGUACAAGCCGAGUCUGUACAUUGAUCUGAUAUGGGGGUCCGGAGGCGACGAAGAGGAGCGGACACGGGUGAGGGAUGCGGGACGGAUGGACGGGAGGAGAGAUAGUUCCGAGUCGGACAGGGACAGCACUCACGCGUAG